GUGGUUUCCUCUGUUCUCAGAACCGCACUAAGCACAGGGGCGCUGGCUGCUGGGGUCACACGCCCAGGUUCCUUUCUCACUUAGUUUUAAACCCUCCCUCUGCGGCUCGGGAGGGCGUGGUGAGAGCGCAGGAGGUAUUUCCCCAAGGGUCGGGCACCCCCGCCUGGGCUCUUGUCGUGGCCACAGCAAGGGAGGACCACACUGUCGCGCGGGCUCCCGCGGGUGGCGCGGCGCGGCCAGCGGGGGCCGGAAUCCCUCUCCGCGUCCUGUGCGCGGAAAUAACUGAAAAAAUGUACAAUUCCCCUACACUGAAAGUGAUUCGGAAAGCAACACAACCCAGGACUAAAGAGAAAAUGAAAUAGACAGUGGCCUCGGUGGACAGCUCACUUGGGACCCCUGCUCUGCCACACAGUGACAAGUCUCAGAUGUUCACUGUGACCUCUUCAUGCCUUCAAAACCAGUACCACCUAGGUGACUCUUACGUAUUAUCAAGUUCAGAUGCCAGCAUGAGAUACAGCCUCUGGACCACAGCUUCUGUGUGCUUAUCCUGAAGAAAUACUCCCAGAAGAUUUCACCUAAAUGAUGUUGGCCUCUUCUUAAUCACAGCUGAUUGUACUGAUUGUCCCAACAAAGCAAAGGAGAACUUCAGUUGUAUUCUGGAGUUGAUGACUCAUGGCACACACUGUUAGAGAAUGCUUGUUGGGACUUAUUUUUUUAUUCAUGUGGCUGUUGGUUAAAGCAAAAAUAGAUGUGUGCAAGCGAGGCACAGUGACUGUGAAGCCUUCCCCUGUGAUUCCCCUUGGGUCAGCUGCCAAUAUUUCCUGCUCUUUGAAUCCCAAACAUAGCUGUUCUCCUCCUUCCAGUUCUCAAACUUUAACCCUCUUGAAGUUGGAAAAAGAGGUCCAUUUACACUCUGUUGCUCCAGAGCCACCUCGAAACAUAUCAUGCAUCCAGAAAGGAGAACAUGGGACUGUGACCUGCACCUGGGACCCUGGACAGUAUACGCAUCUGAAAACCCACUACACUUUACAGUUAACUGGACCAAACAAUGUGACCUGCCAGGGCCUAUGCAGCAGUCAGAAUUGUAGUCGUUUGAAUCUUGGAAUCACUCUAACUUCUGAUUUAGCUGAAUCCACGUUCACAGUCAGUGUCACUGCCAUCAAUGACCUUGGAAACUCUUCUUCAUUUCCAUUUACAUUCACGUUCUUGGACAUAGUGAGGCCUCUUCCUCCAUGGGACGUCAGAAUCAAUUUUCUAAAUGCUUCUGGGAGCAGAUGUAUCCUGCAGUGGAAAGAUGAGCAGCAGGUGGUGCGCAAUCGACUCAGAUACCGGCCUCGGAACAGCAGGUCCUGGAAUAUGGUUAACACUACAAAUACCAAAGGAAGACACAGCCUACAAGAUCUGACACCGUUUACAGACUAUGAAUUUCAGAUUUCCUCCAAGCUACAUCUCUCUAAAGGAAGCUGGAGCGACUGGAGUAAGUCACUGACAACACGAACACCUGAGGAAGAGCCUGUUGGGACAUUAGACAUCUGGUUCAUGAAACAGAACAUCGGCUCCAACAAACAACAGAUCUCUCUUUUCUGGAAGAGUCUGAGUCCAUCAGAGGCAAGGGGAAUCCUCUGCUAUCAGGUGACCCUACAGGAGGUGACAGGGAUGACACUGGAAAAUAGUACAAAUCACACCUCCUGGACUGGGGUCAUUCCCAGAACCGGGGCUUGGACUGCAUCCCUGUCUGCAACCAAUUCGAAAGGCACUUCUGCGCCCACUCGCAUUAACAUAGUGGACCUGUGCGGCACCGGGUUGCUGGCUCCUUCCUGGGUAUCUGCAAGGUCAGAGGACAUGAACAACAUUGUGGUGACCUGGCAGCCUCCCCAGAAAGCUGCCUCUGCUGUUCAGGAGUUCAUAGUGGAGUGGAGGGCUCUACAGCCAGGAAACACCAGGAGGUCUCCCCCACACUGGUUGCGGAUCCCUCCCUACAACAUGUCUGCUCUGAUUUCAGAGAACAUCUGUCCCUACACCUGUUAUGAAAUCCGGGUGCAUGCACUGUCAGAGGACCAAGGGGGUUGCAGCUCCACCCUGGGUGACUCCAGCCACAAAGCACCACUGACUGGCCCUCAGAUCACUGACAUCAUAGAGAAAAAGGAGAGCCUUUUGAUUUCCUGGUCCCAUAUCCCAGUCCAGGAGUCAGUGGGCUGCAUCCUCCAUUACAGAAUAUACUGGAAAGAACGAAACUCUACUGGCCAGCCUGAGCUCUGUGAAAUCCCAUACAGACACUCCCAAAAUUCAUAUCCAAUAAGCAGCCUGCAGCCUGGAGUGACAUACGUCCUAUGGAUGACAGCUCUGACUGCUGCUGGUGAAAGUCCCCAAGGAAACGAAAGGGAAUUUUGUCCCCAGGGCAAAGCCAACUGGAAAGCAUUUGUGGCAUCAAGUAUUUGCAUUGCUAUCAUCACGGUGGGUCUUUUCUCAAUCCGUUCCUUCCGGCAAAAGUUAUUUGCUUUCCUUUCUACUCUCAGACCUCAAUGGUACAGCAGAACCAUUCCAGAUCCAUCAAAUAGCACAUGGGUAAAGAAGUACCCCAUUGCAGAGGCCAUGGACAGUCUCCUGAUGGCCUGGCCAACUCCCGAAGAGCCUGAGCCACUAAUCAUCAAUGAGGUCCUUUACCAAAUGACCCCAAUCUUCAGACAACCCUAUUGCCCCAAAAGAAGACAAAGGUUCCAAGAUCACUCUACCCCCAAGGAAGACACAAUAUACAUUGCCUCCAGUCUACAACCUACAGGAACUCUCACAGCUGACACAAGACUAGUUCAUCUAUACAAGGUACUGGGAAGCAGGGAACCUGACUCAAAACUGGGCAACCUGACCAAUUCCUUGACAGUCACCCCAGUGGACUACCUUCCCAGCCAUGAAGGCUAUUUACCCUCCAACAUAGAAGACUUCUCUCCACAUGAGGCUCCUUCAACUGAUUCUAGAGAACUGGAGCACCAACACAUCUCUCUUUCCAUUUUUGCAUCAAGUUCUCUUCGCCCACUCACCUUCUGUGGCGAGAGGCUGACUCUAGAUCAGUUAAAGAUGGGGUAUGACUCCCUCAUGAGUAAUGAGGCUUGAUACCUAGAAAGUCAGUGUGCCCAUUAACUAUAAUCACAAGAGCACCACAACAUAUCUAGUUACCCAGUUCCUACUCCAGUGGUCACCAUCCUUGGUAGUAUCAGACCUGGCUGUAGCUUCAGAAACUGCAGACCAGCCAGCUGUCUCUGGACUGUUAGUUUCACCAUAGGAACUUGCUGCCUUUAACACCAAUUCCCUCUGGGUCUAAAAAGCUCAAGCCACAAGAACCUGAACCUUGCUGUUUUGCUUAUCUAUUGUAAAUUUGUACUUCCUUUUCUAACCUACUAAAUUAGCAAUGUGUCGUAUAGCCUAGUCUUGUAAACUGUUCUCAGUCUGUUUCCUAUGCAGCUCUAGAAACUGAACGUAUCUGGUCAGUUUGCUCAUAAACAUCAUUUCCUGCUGCUAUUCCAGACUUAAUCUGCAGUCCUUUUCAAAGUAUGAGGCUUUCCAUUACAUUUCUAUUCUACCCUAACUACUGUGUAGUUUUGGCAUCUCUGCACCCAUCAAGUGCCCUUAGUUGAUUGCCAUGACAAGGUUCUAUGUAAGGCUGACCGUCUCUUCCAUGCUUUUCCCUCAAGAUUUUCAUGUUACUUUAAUCUACAACCUACUUGGCAAGGUCUUCCAAGUAUAGUUCCUGGUCAUGUCACCUGUCAACACUUCUGUUGGCCCAACUUGCUUGCUUCCCACCCACCAGCUAUUAUAGCACAAGCUUUACAAAAAAAAAAUCACAUUAAGGGACUUACAUUACUUUUCAGGUACAUUAAGCAUGUCUCUCUUUGCCUGUUCGAUUUGACAGAUCUUGAUGAAUGUCAAAGAAACAGGUAACUUUUGCCCACUACUACAAGUAGUUCUUCUUCCCCAAGUAAAACUCCAAAGAGUUAAGUCUUUCAUUCCUUGGUAUUUUUAAAGUCUAAAAUAUAUUCCAUCAACACCAACUAAAUCUACUUCCUAACUCAUAAAUUUCCACAAUUCUCUGGAACCUAAAUACCAUAGUGUACAACACUAAAGGUCAGAGAAAUCUUGGGUUUGUUUUGAAGGUGUGGGGGUAGGAUCCAUGAUUCUGUUAUACAAACUCUACUGUGUCCAGACCUCAAGUUCAGGUAGGGAUUCUCACACUGCCCUGAAAAUGUCCUUUCCCAGAAGCCAGGAGUUUCUGUUUGUUUUUCCUAGUCCUCUCGCAGGCAGGUGGGAUAUCAAACUUAAUCUCUCAUUCUCUCACACCGAACCCCCCAGUCCUAACCCUGUCAUCACUUUACAUCUCCCAUUAAUAGCUACAACCACAGCUCACCCAUGUCCUGAAGCCAGGGGGGAAAAAUUCCACUAGCUACUCUGUGUUCCAUUCUUCUAAGUAGGGUCUGUUCUUGAGUCACCUGAAACUUGCCUCCAGUCCAAUAUCAAAGAUCAAGCCCUCUCAAGGUUUUUCUUCUAGCCUGCAUUGUCCACUUUAAAACUUCCAGAACAAAGCACUUUCAAAGAGCUUCAGAUAAAGACCUUCCUUCUUCCCUCAAAUAGAAAAGCAAUUCAGACUAAAAGGCAUAGCUCUAUGAGAAGCAAUAGCCUACCACUUGAAUUCCCAAGUUCUUAUAUGUGGUAGAACUUUUCAAUCUGAGUGAUUGAAAGAAGUUGGAAUUUAUAGCUUAUACCAAAAUAAAUUCCUAAUAAAACGAGUUCCUUAAUAAGGCACUUGAACAAGUACGUCUGAAAGACUGCACUUCAAUGACACAAAGUACAUAAUUAACUGUGGUCAACUGUAAUUGAAGAAAUGCAAACUAAGUACUAUCUAAGUAAUUCCACCAGUUUAGCAGCGAUUACAGAGCAAAUUAGCCAGUAUUAAUCAAGAGAAAUUGAUGUUAGUAGACAAUUCUGAGGGGCAACUAGACAAUGUUCAACAAAAUUCUAAUAACCAACUCAAUUCUCAUCAACAUAGCCAAGAGCAGCUUAGUAUCUUAGGAAUACAGGAUUUCUCAUCAGUAAAUUGAAAUGGUGGCCCUUCAAAAACUAGCAGUGCCUAUCUGUACAAUAAAAAUACUGUGGAGUUCAAGGAAUUCGACUCUACAUGAUCUGAAUUGAUUCUGAAUUCUAAACAAAACCCUAAUUAAACUGCAUUGUGCCACUGG